CGGUUGACUUCACAAAUGGGACAACUAGCGCCCUCGCUCCGGGAGGAGCCACCUGUGCCACUGGCCAGGCCUCGACGGCUCCUCGCGGAUCUCCAGUAGGAUGUGAGGCCAGAUGCUGAGGCGCACCCGUCCGCUUCCCGACCUCCUCUCUCGGUAGCCACAGAGAGCGGGCCGAGCCGCCAUUUCUCCAGCCAGCUGCUGUAACGCGGUCGCCUAUUGGUUCGCUCUUCCAAACGCGUCGGGUAUUGGCUGGAGCGGCGGCCAAUUGCGGAGCAGAGCCGUACGAGAAGGGGCCCGCCUUCCUGUCUGCCGCCCGGCUCCCCAACUCCCCCCAACACCGGGGUGGAGCGGUAACCCCUGGGGGGUGCCACGCCGCCACUGGGUGGUUCAGUCUCGCCUGCCGUGCAUUGGAGGGGAAGAGCAUUUUGAGGUCAAUUCUGAGCUUUGGGAACUUCUCAAAUUUGGGCUCUCAGAAGAGGAUUAAGUUUUUUUUCCACUUUCACUUUAAAAGAACGCCCAAAGCGCUGUCGACGGUUGAGAAACUCAAUUUGGGUCUGGAGUGAGUGCAGCUGCAUCUGGAGUCAGCAGCAGCAGCAGCAGCAGCAGCAGCAGCAGCAGCAGCGGCAGCGGCAGCGGCAGCGGCAGCGGCAGCAGCAGCAGAGAGCCACAAGGCGGCGACUGUGAGCUUUCGGGUACUGCAUAGACACCUGGAGAUUGAUGUCUGGGGAUGGCACCAGAAGCCUGGGGAGAGGAAGCUGUGCCCCAGGGCCAGUCCCCGAGGGUGUGAUCCGCAUCUACAGCAUGCGGUUCUGCCCCUACUCGCACAGGACUCGCCUGGUCCUCAAGGCCAAAGGCAUCAGGCAUGAAGUUGUCAACAUUAACCUAAAAUGCAAGCCUGACUGGUACUAUACAAAACAUCCUUUCGGCCAGAUUCCAGUCUUGGAGAAUAGCCAGUCUCAACUUGUCUAUGAAUCUGUCAUCGCUUGUGAGUACCUGGAUGAUGUCUACCCAGGAAGGAAGCUCUUUCCAUACGACCCGUAUGAACGAGCUCGCCAGAAGAUGCUGCUGGAGCUGUUCUCUAAGGUCCCACACUUAACCAAGGAAUGUCUGGUAGCGCUGAGAUGCGGGAAAGAGUGUUCGGAUCUGAAGGCUGCCCUGCGUCAGGAGUUCUGCAACCUGGAAGAGAUUCUUGAAUAUCAGAGCACUACCUUCUUUGGUGGAGACCGAAUAUCCAUGAUUGAUUACCUCUUCUGGCCCUGGUUUGAGCGGCUGGAUGUAUAUGGACUGGCUGACUGCGUGAAUCACACCCCGAUGCUCCGGAUCUGGAUCGCCACCAUGAAGCAGGACCCCGCAGUCUGUGCCCUGCUCAUCGAUAAGAAUGUUUUCCUAGGCUUUCUGAAUCUCUAUUUUCAGAACAACCCUUGUGCCUUUGACUUUGGGCUGUGUUACCCAGCCAUUCGGUAACUGCUGCAUUGCCCAGGGUUCUCAGAGUAUCUGAUUCUGCAUCAUGGGUUGUCUUGGGGGGGUCAGUGCAUUUUUUUGAGGUCUUUAAUAAAUGUGGAAAUGAA